AUGCCUGGAGAAGUCAUUGAUCAACCGAACCCCCCGCCGCUCACGAGCCAUCUCCCGGAUACGAUAGAGGAGCUGGCUGUCAAGCCCUCAAAGGCACCGCUGAGCAACCUCGACUUGGUCUCGCUCAGAGAGUUCCAACGGGCAGCAUGUUACAUUGCGAGCGCCAUGAUAUUCCUCAAGGACAAUGUCCUUUUGGACCGCGAGCUACGGUUUGAAGAUGUGAAACCCAGGCUUCUAGGCCACUGGGGUACCUGCCCUGGUCUCAUCCUCAUCUGGUCACAUUUGAAUCUCCUUAUCCGCGACAGUUCCCAGGACAUGCUCUUUGUCAUUGGACCUGGUCAUGGAGCCCCAGCUGCCUUGGCCUGCCUCUGGCUCGAAGGUUCACUUGAACGAUUCUAUCCAGACAAAUACAGAACCGAUAAAGAGGGACUGCAUAACCUCAUUACGAAAUUCUCUGUUCCUACAGGGUUUCCAAGCCACAUCAACCCGGAGACUCCAGGUUGCAUCCACGAGGGCGGAGAGCUGGGAUAUGCGUUGGCAGUGUCCUUUGGAGCAGUCAUGGAUAAGCCAGACCUCAUUGUUCCAUGUGUUGUCGGCGAUGGCGAGGCCGAGACUGGCCCUACGGCAGCCGCAUGGCAUUCCAUCAAGUACUUGGAUCCCGCAGAGUCUGGAGCAGUCAUCCCCAUCCUGCACGUCAACGGCUUCAAGAUCAGCGAGCGGACCAUCUUCGGCUGCAUGGACAACACAGAGCUCGUCCUGCUCUUCUCGGGCUACGGCUACGAGGUGUGCAUCGUCGAGAACCUGGAUGCCAUAGACACCGAACUGCAUACGGCACUAUUCUGGGCCCUAUCAGAAAUCAAGAGGAUCCAAGGAGCCGCGCGAUCAGGAAACCCCAUCACCAAGCCCCGGUGGCCCAUGAUCAUCCUCCGAACGCCAAAGGGAUGGACAGGACCCCGAACGGUCGACGACAAGAUCAUCGAGGGCUCAUUCCACGCGCACCAGGUGCCGGUGACAAAGGCCAACAAAGACGAGGGCCAUCUUCGCAUCCUGCAAGACUGGCUCAAGAGCUACGACGUGCGCGGACUGCUCCCCGACGGCAAGCCUUCAGGCGACUUCCUCGACAUUCUGCCGCCAGACCCUCACAAGAGGCUGGGUCAGUCCAAGCUUGCGUACGACUGCCAUCAGCCCCUCGAUCUGCCGGACUGGAGGCCGCAUUCGGUGGACAAGUUUGAAGAAGCCAGCAGCAUGCAGCAGUCGGGCAAGUUCCUCGACGUCGUGGCGAGGCAGAACAUGAAGACGUUCCGCAUCUUCUCCCCCGACGAGCUGGAGAGCAACAAGCUGAGCGCAGUCCUGGACCACUCGAGCCGAAACUUCCAAUGGGACCAGUACUCCCGCGCGCAGGGCGGCCGCGUCAUUGAGAUCCUGUCCGAGCACUGCUGUCAGGGGUUCCUCCAGGGAUACACCCUGACGGGGCGAACGGCCAUCUUCCCCAGCUACGAGUCGUUCCUGGGCAUCAUCCACACCAUGAUGAUUCAGUACUCCAAAUUCUCCAAGAUCAGCCGCAAGCUGCCCUGGCGAGGCGACCUGAGCUCCAUCAACUACAUCGAGACGAGCACCUGGGCGCGACAGGAGCACAACGGCUUCUCGCACCAGAACCCUUCCUUCAUCGGCGCCGUCCUGAACCUCAAGGCCGAAAUCGCACGGGUCUACCUGCCCCCUGACGCAAACUGCUUCCUCAGCACCCUUCACCACUGCCUCCAGUCCAAGAACUACGUCAACCUGAUGAUUGGCUCCAAGCAGCCCACGCCCGUCUACCUCUCUGCCGAAGACGCCCAGAGGCAUUGUGAAGACGGCGCCUCCAUCUGGAGAUGGGCAAGCACCCACGACGGCGAGCACCCAGACGUGGUGCUCGUCGGAAUCGGCGUCGAGGUGACCUUUGAAGUCAUCAAAGCCGCCCAACUCCUCUCCAGGCUCGCACCGAAUCUGCGCGUCCGCGUCGUCAACGUGACCGAUCUCCUGGUCCUCCCCCACGAAUCGCACCACCCUCACGCCCUCGACUCCAAGGCCUUUGAAGACAUGUUCACGCUCGACAAGCCCGUGUGCUUCAACUACCACAGCUACGCGACGGAGCUGCAGGGGCUUCUGUUUGGCCGCCCGGCGCUGCAUCGCAUGAGCGUGGAGGGCUACAAGGAGGAGGGCAGCACGACGACGCCGUUUGACAUGAUGCUUGUGAAUACCGUCAGCCGCUUCCAUGUGGCGUCGAGGGCAUUGAAAGCUGCGGCUGCGCAAAACGACGAGGUCAAGGAGAAUCUGUCUGCCUUGUUGGCCAAGGUUGACGACGAGAUGAAGAGCGUAAAGGACUAUAUCGAGCAGUGGGGGAAAGUAGACCCAGAUGAUAUUUACGAAUUGGAUUUCUUGAAGAAGGAUUAG